UCAAAACAGGGAAGAUAAUAGGUGCAUGCCAGCCAAUAAGAUUGCCGUUUGCGCAUUAGCUCAGUCUACUACAGGGAGACCCGACAGGUAUGAAAAGCUGAAAAAAAUCAUAGGAGCUCCAUUAUUUUGACAGGAAAAUACAACAAAGUAUAUGGUUGUACAACACUUAUUCUGCAUAUUUGUGGUUCAACAAUAGAACAUCUAGUUUACAGAAUCUGCAAGUAGCUUAUGAUGCAAUUAGAAUUUUACGGAAGAGACCUAGAUGGCAUAGAGCAACUGAAAUGUUUGUGAGCAAGAGUUAUCACUUUUAAAGCACUAAUAGUAAUUAUCUAAUAAUGCGAUUAUUGUGGAUCUAUCAAAUAUAAGGGUUAGUACAAAGCAUCGUGCUAGGCUCUCCGAUGCGCAGCAAGAGCCAUUAAACACAGAUACAGGGAAUGAGUAGAGUCACAUUUCCAGCUAAAUGACUCCCGACACAUGUGGCAAGGACUAAGGACCAUGUGUGACUUUGGAAAUAAAUCCUCUGCAGAGGUGAGAGCAGAUCCGUCACUGGCUGACGAGCUAAACACUUUCUACGGCUGCUUUGAAAGCAAUCUAAGCAGUGCGAGUCUGCCGAUCAGCACGUCACGAAGCAGCAGUCAGAGCAGCGAUCAUCAUGUAAUCACUUUGUCAGAGGAUGAGGUUCGGAGGGCGCUUAAGCGAGUGAAUGUUAGGAAAACAGCAGGGGCCGGUUGCAUAAACAUAGUCAUUAUCUUAAGACUGUGUCUAAGAAAUAGUCUGACUAACUAAAGUCACUGAAGAAAGACCAUUGCAUAAAAUAAGCUCACACCUAUCUUUAUUAAGACAGUCUAAAUCGCAGUGAUUUGUGGGAAAAAUAAGACGCUAAACAACUUAAACAAAAUGGCCGACAGUUCGCGCUCGUCACAGUUUUCCUUUGCGGAAAAUAUUUGUAUAUUAGAGGAAUACAAUGCUGCUAAAUCGACUCUAAUGAACAAAUUUAACGAUUACAACGGCAAUAGCAAAAAACACAAAGCUUGGACAACAAUUACGGAAAGAGUUAACAGUGUCAACCCAUCUGUCAACCGAUCCGUCAAAGAUGUUCAAAAACGGUUUAAAAAUAUGGUUCAAGAGGCAAAAAAGGAAAUUUUUAAGCGAAAAAACCCAGCAACGGGGGGAGGACCAUCUCCUGAAUUGAAAAGGACAACGGAAAUGAUCAUCGAAAUAUACGGAGACGAAUCUCCGAUGUUUUGGGGAAUCCCGGGGGGGAAGGAGAGCGGAGUAUCCGGGCGGACGUUACCCACAGCGGUGAAAGAUACACAGUCUCAUACCGCUGUCACAUCAACCCCGCUUGGACAGUCUCUUGACUGCGAGGUGACACUGACAUUGGUCUCUCAAAAUGACGAAGCUCCUGUUACAAGCCAGGAUGACCAAACAACACAAAGUGAAGAUGACGAUUUGGACAGCACCCAAAUGGCACCUGUGGGAAGUGGCUCACACACCGAGAGACAGAAAGAUGCUCCAAGCAAGAUAACCAUGAACAAUAUACUUGAAAAACAAUAUCAAAUAUUAACACUGGAAGAGACUAAACUAAAAUUAGAAAUACAAAAACUAGAAUUAGAGAAACUAAGCUAAAGUUGGAGCUACAAAAACUUGGACAUGAACUAUAGAUCUCAUCGAACAUUGUCCAAUAACUAAUCAAACAAUUGUCUAUUUAAUAAGUACUGGUAUUUAAUUUUGAAUUUACAUAUGUAAUGUUUACAUACAGAAUCUUUAGAGAUAUUUAAGAGAUUUGAAGAAUUUUAGUGUAAGUUAAUGUGUAGUGAUUUGAAGAUUAUAUCAUAUUUCAGCUGAUUGUACUGAUACUAUGCAUCAAAUAGUUUGUAAGUAUAGUCUCAAUUAAUAAAUUAUAAUA